UACCAGCAUGAACUGGUUGAAACUAGCGAAAAGUAAAAAGUAGGCCUACUCAGCCUGUACAUAAUUAUUAUUUUAUACCAUUAUUACAAAAUAGGCCGUUUUUAAUAUAAGUCUAUUGCACCCAUCACUGAAAGUUUUUGAAGCAAAUAUGCCUCGAAAUGUUAAAGGACUAAAGGAACGUUUAAAAAAUGGUGAGACAAUACUUAUUGCUGAGGGUUACUUGUUCGUGUUUGAACGACGUGGUUACCUCCAGGCGGGUGCUUUCGUUCCAGAAGUGAUCAUUGAACAUCCCGAGCUAGUGAAGGAGCAGCACAGAGAGUUUGUACAUGCUGGUAGUGACGUCGUGUUGGCCUUUACGUACUAUGCCCACCGAAAAAAAAUGCAAGUGAUUGAAAAAGAGGCAGAGUUAGAAAAAAUAAACCGAGAAGCAUUGCGAAUUGCAAAAGAAGUUGCGGAUGAAUCGGGGAAACUUCUGGCAGGAAAUAUCUGCAACACUGGAGUUUAUGAGCCUGGGAAUCAAGAGUCGUAUGCAAAAACAAAAGCAAUUUUUAAGGAGCAGAUUGAGUGGGCACUUGAUUAUGAUGUGGAUUUCAUUCUUGCCGAGACAUUCAUAACACUGGGAGAAGCUAAACUGGCACUGGAAGCAAUUCAGGAAUAUGGGAAAGGUGUUCCAUCUGUCGUUACUACAUUCAUCACUGCUGGAAAUACUAUCGAUGGAGAAGUUACCACUCUCGAUGGCUUCACGCUGCCGGAUGCUUGUAAACAAUUGGAAGAUGCUGGAGCUGAUGUCGUUGGCAUGAACUGCUGUAGAGGACCUGACACAAUGCUACCCAUCAUGGAGAAAGUUCGAGCCGUUUGUAAGGGGCACCUGGCUGCCGUACCUGUUCCAUAUAGAACGACACCAAGCGAGCCAACAUAUUUUAACUUUGUUGAUCCAAAAGAUAAUGGAAAAAUGUGUUUCCCAACCAACAUGGAUUUUAAAUUCUGCAAUCGAAGUGAUAUGUUUGAUUUUGGAAAGCGGUGUCAGGAAAUUGGAAUCAACUUUGUUGGAAUUUGUUGUGGAAAUUCAGCUCACCUGACGCGUGCUCUGGCCGAGUCGUAUGGACGCACGCCCCCAGCAUCACGAUACUCAGCCAAGAUGGAGAACCAUGUCAAUUAUGGAACUAAUCCUUGCUUAGUCAAAUAUUAUAACAGUAAGCAGACACAGAAGCAGUUAUAGUUGGAGAGGAUGCAGGAUUUGGCGGUAGUGGGUGGGUGCAAAAAUUUGAGGAAAUAGUACCUGUGGCCGGAAAUGACACUUUUAUAUAGUAAAAUUCAUCAUCACAUUACUGUAAUAUGAGUGAUGAACCAUGAAAAUAAAACUAUAGAAAAACUGAUGUAUUUAAUUUACUUGAUGUACUCAAAGCUGUGUGGAAAAGUACCUCUAGAUGGCCGGAAAUGACACUUUUAAAUACUAUAGUAAAAAAUGAAGCGCCAACAAACUCUCAUGAUCUUUUAUCAGCUAUACUAUAUUCGGCAACCAUAGAAAAUCUAAUUAGUAUGUGUGACGUAUGGUACCAUAGUAAAUAAAACUUGAAAACAUUGUC